AUGGGCGAGGCAGACGAAGCAGCCUUCGAUGCCGUGAGGACAACAACAGUCCGACGCAAGCCAGUGCCAGCACCACAGCCGCCUUCGUACCCGAGGCAGAGACGAGGACUCCUCGAUCAAUGGAGGAAUUCCUCGCGCCGAACUAAGAUCAUUGUUCUGGUGGUUGUCCUCGCCAUCAUCGUCUUGAUCAUCGGUCUGGCAGCGGGCCUGUCGACUCGCAAGCAUAGACAAAAUCUCCCGUUACCCUCAGGGAAUGGCGGCCCAUACACCGGCGACCUCACGUACUACGAACCCGGUCUCGGUGCCUGCGGCGUUACGUCCCAGAAUAGCGACAAGAUUGUCGCCGUCUCGCACAUUGUGUUCGAUGCUGUCAGUGUUGGUAGCGACCCGAACGCGAAUCCGUUGUGUGGCAAGAAGAUAAGAGCAAGGAGGGACAAUAAAAGUGUGGAUUUGACGGUAGUGGACAGGUGUACUGGCUGCCAGCCCAAAGAUAUCGAUGUCACCGUCAACACCUUUGCCGGUCUCGCCGACGUUGACCUGGGCAGGGUGCUGGUCGAAUGGAACUGGUUGGAGAAUAUUCCUCCUAAUGCUCAAGGCUGA